GGCUCGUACCGGGUCGUACCGGGGGGGUCCCGCGGCCGCUGCCGUUAUGGAGCGGUUCCUGGAGGGGAGCCGGGCGGCUCUGGAGGAGCACGUCCGGCAGCACCAGGAGAUCCACGUGGUGAUGGGCAACGAGGCCUGUGACCUGGACUCCGCCGUCUCAGCCCUGGCCCUGGCGUAUUUCCUGGCGAAGACCUCCCCGGCUCCCAGAGCCGCCUUCGUGCCGGUGCUGAACAUCCCUCGCGCCGACUUCGCCCUGCGGACCGAGACGCGGUUCCUGCUGCGGCAGGAGGGGCUGCCCAGCGCCUCCCUGGUGUUUCGGGACGAGAUCGACCUGGGGGGGCUGCACGGCGCCGGGCUGCUCUCCCUGACGCUGGUGGAUCACCACGUCCUGCCUGGCGCUGACGCAGCCCUGGACGAGGCCGUGGUGGAGAUCCUGGAUCACCGGCCCCUGGAGCGGGAGCGAGCUGCCGGCUGCCGGGUGACGGCGGCGCCGGUGGGUUCCUGCGCCACGCUGGUGACCGAGCGCAUCGCCCAAGGGCCGCCGGGCGUGUUGGACAGAGCCACGGCCGCGCUGCUGCACGGCACCAUCUUGCUGGACUGCGUGAACCUGAGCCCGGCCGCCGGCAAGGUGACGCCCCGCGACGUGGCGUGCGUGUCCCUGCUGGAGGAGAGGUUCCCCGAGCUGCCAGCCCGAGACUCCAUCUUCCAGGCCCUGCAGGAGGCCAAGUUUGACGUGUCAGGGCUGACGACGGAGCAGAUGCUGCGGAAGGACCUCAAAGUGCUGUCGGGUGACGAGCUGCUCCUGGCCGUCAGCGCCGUCUACGUGGACCUGGAGACAUUCCUGCGCCGGCCCGGGCUGCUGCGGGAUCUGGAGGCUUUCUGCCACGCUCGUGGCUACGCGGGGCUGGUGGCCAUGAGCAUCUCCUUCAGCCAGCACAACGAGCCCUCCCGGCAGCUCGCGGUCUACAGCCAGAACGAGACCCUCCGCAGCACGGUGUGCCGGGCGCUGGAGGAGGCGACGGCGCCGUCCCUGAGCCUCCAGCCCCUCCUGAGCCCCUGGCCCUGCCUGGGCACCUACACCCAGGGCAACGCUCUGGCCUCGAGGAAGAAGGUGCUGCCCAUCCUGAGGGCGGCCCUGGGGGGGCCUGGCGCUGCCGGGGGGCCGGAGGAGGAGGUGGUCCCGCCGCCCACCCCCAUGAACAGCCUGGUUGAGGAAUGCCCGCUGGCACAGCCCGUGCCCCCGCUGUGCCCGCAGGACGUCCUGGAGCGCGUCAGCCGCAUCGCUGCCGGGCAGCCCCCCGGCUCCCCAAAGUAACAGAGGGGCUGUGGGGGGCUGGACGAGGAGCUGGGGGCCCUGGGCAGGUCUGGAUGGGUGCCUGGGCGUGAGGGGCUGCAGACCCCCGUCAGAGCCCCCGUCCCUGAUGGGGAGGGUCCUUGUUGCAGAGUGCCCACGGCCGGCCCCGACGGGCUGCCCCCACCACAACGGCCCCGCUGGGCUCUGGGUGCCUGGGCUGGGUUUUUGGGGCCCCCCAGGCCGUGGGGUCGGGGCAGCACUCGCACCCAUACGGAAGGUGCUGAGGGGUUAACGAGCUCUUGCUCCUCCUCCCUUGGGGGGCCACGGGGGGGCCGGGAUGGUGGGUCUGGACGUGCAGCCAACCCGGGGCUGCCUGCAGGCUGCAGGAUUAAAUCUCCCUUUUCUUCCA